AUGAUGAUGAACCGGAGACUAUUAUGGUUGACAUUACUGUUCGCAAUUCUAUGGCGUAGUGGUAAGUGUUCAGAGAAAGGAUACCUUAUGAGUAGUGCAAUAAGGCGAAGACUCAGGAAACAGUUCCCCCCUCCCAUCCCUCGUAUGCCUUAGACCGAAGCACCAAUGGAUAUUUUUGCCAAAUUAGUCGCGAGGUGAGACUCUUACUGUACCUCACUAAACCAAGGGGGAAUGCGCAGAUACUGCUCAGCAGAGUGCUUGGAAACUAGAAAAUAUUUGCGUAAAAAUUGUAAUAUAUGUGUAAGUAAUAAAUAAGUAAGUUGGUAAAAAUGAUGGUCGUAACAGGAAUAAAAAUCUAUCUAAUGAAAGGCGAAUGGCAUUGUAACCAUAAAGAAUGUUAAAAUUGUAAGUAAUAUUACUAAUGUUAUAUUCUUAUACCUCCCCAUGGUAAGUAGUGUUCGUACAAUUAUAAGUAUUUCUGGUAAAAUAAGUUUAUGCUGUUUGCUUGAUUGAUCUAAAAAAUUAGUUUGCGAAUUGCUCGUGACAUAAUUAUACUUUCAUUUCCUUUUUUUUCUAGUAUAUUCGCAACCUCCCUAUAACGGUGACCCUCAAGGUCCAAGGCCUUUCUACUUGAAUGAGCUUUUUGAGCCAGCAGAACAGCCACGCCCCCCACCACAGCAGAUGUAUUAUGGGAACAUGUUCAACAAUCCAGAAGUCAGGAUACAUCAACAGUGGAACGUACCACAACCAAGAUUCCCUCAGCAUUACCAGCAACACGUGCCAAGCAUUGAGGAUCAUAAUUCUUUGCCCAAGGUUUUGAACAUUUCCGACGGUAAAGUAACCUUUACUCUCUACAUUUACUCAGCCAUAGACAUUUGUAAUUCAUUGACCAAGAAUUCUCAUAAUUUUGCAAGCUUGUGUUGUUAGUUCGCUUUUGCUUGUUCGCUUCCCUGUCUUUAACUUUGGUUUGGAUUGUUUGUUUAACUAUGUGUGCCCGUCAGUUAAUCUGUUGUCUGACUCUCUGUCUGUCAAUCGAUGUGUUCCUCUUUUUGUUUACAAAUUUGAAUUUAAUCGCUAGUAAUUAAAAUAAGUUAAUAACUCAAUUAUUAAACUGCACGAUUUACUUGAAGUUGCAGAAGUUCAAAACAGGACCGCGGAUCUGCUCGGAAAUGACACAAAUGAUGUGAAUUCUGGUGUACACAGCGUUGUAAGAGGACUUUUUGGCUCUAAAAAAAAAGGUAAUAUUUCGUAGCCAUUGUACUUUAUCGAUAAGCUAAGCUGCUUUGUUCCUACAUAAUGUGCAGAAGCGUGUGAUUAUUUUAAAUUGGCGCAAAUUGGCUGAUAAACGGAAUUUAACACCUUAUAAUUACACAUAGGUAAUUAGAUGCAUCGGCCCAGUAAUUAUAUUAGUGUGCUGUAGCUUGGAUCGAUAUGUCAGGCAAAACAGGCAGUUCUCAGGCAAAACUGAAAGUGAAGAAAUUGAUGGAAGAGGAGAGGUUUUAUGUUGCGAAUAGGUACAAUGAAACAAUUGUUGACCACCUCGAAAAUACACCAAAGUCCCUUACUAGUUAAUUUAAAUAAAUUAGUAAUUAUAUUCAAGCUACCAGCCGUACUGUGAGUAGAAAUAAUGUUUAUGAACGGCUGUUAUGAUAAUAAUUCAAGUUGUGAAUGUAGGUAUAUUAGUAAGGACUUCAAGUUACAACAUUUAUAAAACGUUUGACUGUUACCUUGUAAAAGGUGCUCGGUGCGUUCGAUAUUUGUAGUAGCAACUAGUUAAUUUAAAAAUUAUUGAUGAAUUCCCAGCUCUUGUUAAUUAAGUGAAAAAAUGGAAGUUUUAAUUCUUGGUAUUUGUCAUGAAAUCUUUUUUUUCGGAAAAAAGAGGUCAAAAAUUAGUGUGCGUAUUAUACACAGGCGCGCAUUAUACACGGGUAAAUACGGUACGGAAAUACAGUCAGGAUUUAGGAAUCCUGAAGGGCUUCCGAAAAGACCAGGGGUUCCUGCGAAUCAAAACAUUAAAAGUUGCAAAUGAAUGAAGAGACCAUGGCUUAAUUACUUUAGUAACAUUAAGAUUAUGGUGGCUUUGACUUUUUAAAAAAACAUUUUUCGCUAAUCAUAAACGGGAUUUGAAAGAAUAACUGAUAGCCGCUUUCAAAACAAGACAAAGUAUGUAAAGAAGAUUUCACUAAAUUUCCCUACUCUAAUAACUAAGAAAAUACUAAUUUUGGUGAGGAUUUUUUUGCUUGUAUUUGCGGUUUGCGAGUCUUUUGAGGUCACUCCUCACUUGAUCUUUUCUCGCUUCACGUAAAAUUGUUAGUAUCAAUACUGAAAAAAAAUCAUAGCCUAAUUACAGUAAUUAACAGUCACAUUAAUUAUGUUCAGGGUCGACUUCCGGUGGACUUGUAGUUCAUUUCACGUUCGAUCAAAUCAAAGACAAGCUCGUUAUUGACGAUUCUCCAAAAGCUAACAACGGUAAACUCGUGGGUCAAUACGCGCAGACUAUGGACAGCCCUAAGUGCAAAAUGAGUAUCCGAUUUGAAGGAGGGCAAGGACACAUCGAGUUGGAUGGAAACAAACUUAACGAAGAGAAGAAGGAUGCGAUGUCAAUUUCCUUGUGGGUGCGUGUUGUAGAUAACCAGCGUGAAAAUACAAUUUAUGGUUGUGCUGGAGACAGGGGAACCCAUUAUCUGAGUAUCAAACCAAAUGCGGCCCCAAAUGCAGUUGUCAACUGGUUGUACAAGAAGCCUGAUGGGAAGGUUGUGUUUCAUGUCAUGUCUGAGCCUGCUAUACCUUCAGGUCAGUGAGCCUAGCUAGAUUUGUAAACACGGCGGUCAAACGUCUGCGUAUGCGCGAACUUUGUAAUGACUAUAUGCCGUACUUUUAGGCGGUCAGAAUUGACCAAACUUGAUUAAGCUUUGUGUCAGGAACGUCUCAUCUUUCCCUUUCCCUAGUUUUGUUCCUUUUUACAUACUUUCUAUGAAAGUUUUAAUUUCAUUUCGCUUAAUUAUUUUCCAACACAGCUGCUUUCUUGUGAAAAUUUUCGCGGUAAAUUGACACGCAACCUGCAUUUAUCCCCUUGCGCAUGCCCGUCAGUGAACACCUGUGUUAGAUAUGUGUUGCAACGGCCAUAAAGCCUGGUAUUUUCUCUGUAUAGCUUAAAUCUUUCUUAAGUAGAUUUGUAAACACAAAUUGAGUAUCACGCAAAGAAAUUGGGAUUGUUACUCGGGGGAAAACUAAAAUAUCUCGUUAAGACGUGAAAUCCUCUUAUAAUGAUAACAACACAAAGAAUGAAUGUUCAAGUUUAUUUAAGGUCGCAAGCCUACUCAAGAACAUAGAAUAUUUUGUUUGGAGAUAAGAGAAAGGGUAGCUGAGAUUUAAGUAACUAAAAAAAAAACAAAACAAAACAAGAAUAUAUAUAUAUAUAUAUAUAUGUUCAUUCAACCACAACCUAUCAGAGGGUAAUGAGAAAAUGAACCUCACAUAUGAUAAAAUCACUUGAACUUAAAGACUAGUCUUAAGUCUUUAUUCAUCGUAUGAGAGGGGGGGGGGGGAUUUGGGGCAACAAAGUGGAAUUGAAUUAGUCGUCGCCAACAGAGUAUUGAGGAGUAUAGGGAAUUGAUUGCCGAUGAACUGCCAAAGAGGAGGAGAUUAUAACAUAAUUACAGAGCCGUAUGGGCGGAUCAGUAAAAUUUCAUUGUGACACAAAAAAAGGUCCACCGACCCCUCCCCCCAGGUGAUCAAUAUGACCGGUCCAAUUUGGUAACACUUGGAGGUCUCUGAUUAUUGUAAUGAUUCUUUUUCCCGAGCACAGAUUGACUUUAAUCUUUGCUUCGAUUUUACUUCUUAGGAAUGUGGACUCAUAUAACUGCGGUUUACAAUGCUGCCUUAGGAAAAGUAAAGAUGUUUGUAAAUGGUGAAAAGAUUGUAACAACGACGAAAGAUAUUGUGAAACUAUCCUUUGUGGGUUGGAGUACAUCCGUAGAAAUUGCAAAGUUCAGCGGAAAUCCACUAGGUUUCUUGGAUGGAUCUAUGGACGAGUUUCAAAUCUUUACUUCCGCCCUAAUGCAUACUGAGGUCCAGGCCCUGAUGGAAAAAUGUGAAUUUCCAACAGACAGUAAGUAAUGCCCGUAUACUUGUAAGAACGAUCGCAGUAUUUAUUCUCCGCAAGAUUUUAAAGACAUGCGCACUAAGAAGCCCUUCUCUCCUUGCUUUCCCACUCCUCUCUCUCUACUAACCCACCCUCCUCAACCUUCCCCUCCCUGUGCCAUUGUUCCGUUUUGCGGGAGUUGGGCUGUUCCUCUGUUCUUUUCUGAGGUGAAUUUAGGCUUCUCCAUUUUUUCUGUAAACUAGCAUUCCAACCAGGAAGGGGGAGGGGAGGGGGUAGUGAUACUCCUACUUGCUUCAUGUUAAUGAAAACCGGAUAAGCUCUGGAUGGGUUUAUCACUUGGCUAUAGUACAGACUUUACUUAUGUUGUCUUUCUUCUCAGGUACGUUGUAUUUCGUGGACGUCAAGACUGGACCUGAAUCAUUUUCCGGAACUCCAUCUCGUGUGUUUUUCAAACUAAUUGGGGAAAAAGGAGCUCAUGGAGAAGAAUUACUUGGAGAGGAUUUUUCCAGAGGAAGGUAACGCUUAGGGUGAAAACAAAUUUAUAAUUUAAGAAGCGGUUGCACAGCGACUGUAAACGUCCUUGCUCUCUUGAAUUCGAUCCCUAGCUUUGUAAAUCUGUACUUUUUCAAACAAAUUUCUCUCUUCAGUACCAGACAGUUUAAUGUCUACUCGGCCGACGUUGGUAGACCGGUCAGAAUCAGCAUAAGAAAGGAUACGAAGGGUAUCUUCUCCACAGACUGGUACUUGGAGAAAGUAAGUUCUGUAACAAUGGCAGAGACUUAGCCGGAAAUAUUGUCAUCGUUGCCGGAACAAAUAGGUUAAAAUCGUAUUUUUGAGUUCUAAUAUCUCCCUGUUUUAUUAUAACUUAAUUAUUAUAAAUUUAAUUUAUUAUAACUUAAUUAACAAAUUAACUUCAGUGUCGGUACUUACCAAUGCCCAAAGAAAUAUACCACCAGCCACCAACACCUCGGUGAAUAGCUUUUAAAUAAAAUGUGCGCAAAAAAAUAUUUACGUUCAAUCCUGGACAUGAUAAGUUUUCUACGGCAUAGGAAAUUUCCUUGUAAGUGAUGCAAAACCUAAAGUUAAGGCUUCGUUGUCUUAAUCAGGAGGACAACAACGAAACAAUAAGAUUAACACCAAUGACAACAAGGUUCCUGCAGGAUGUUGAGGAUUAACACAUAGAUAGAUAGAUAGAUAGCUUUAUUAAAAAUCACAUGGCAGCCUAAUAAAGCUGAAUUACAUGAUUAUUUACAUUACAAUACUGGCUAAAAAUUAUAUAUCAUAUUCAAAGAUUGUUGACAAAAUAGUUUGAAGGUGGUCAUUUUUUUAUUCAACAUUGUUUAGUCUUCGGUUUUGAUUUAAGGUCAUUGUCACUGUGGAAGAUAGGACUGAUGGACCGUCAUUUAUUUUCAACUGUAACUGUUGGAUAGGGAAAGACAAAAACGAUCUUCAAAAGUAUCUCACUCCCGAGAAACAUGGUAAGUGACGUGUUUCAUUUUCAUUCCAGGCGGAAAAAGCCAACAUCGUGAAUAUUAUUCGUAUGGAAGUUAUCGUGCAUUUCCCUAGAUCUUGUUGCAUAUUUCACCUCUGAUUUUUUUUCUCAUUAUUUUGGAUAAAUUUUAUUAUAGUGGAUGGAAACUGGUCUCCCUGGAGUCAGUGGAGUGGUUGUGGUUCAGGUUUAUGUGGAGGAAACAAGAAAGUUAGAACAAGAUCGUGUACAAACCCCCACCCCACUGGGGGAGGAAAAGCUUGUCCUGGAGAUUCAAUUGAAGAAGGAAGCUGUCCAAGUAUGUCGGAAAUUAAAUCAACUUUCUUCCACUUUGGCUUUGCUAUCCACGAAUAAAUUUGUAUUGUGCUAAAUAAGUAAACCUUUAGGAAUAAAAUUUCUUUAACUUGUGGAGAAUGAAACACUCGGAUGGCUCAAAGAAGACAAAAUUUUCUAACCUAGAAGUGAAGAAGUGAUCCGCUAAAGCUUCAGUUUGUUUGCUUAAUGUCCACCACUCUUUAUGUAUUUAUAUAUAUAUAUAUAUAUAUAUAUAUAUAUAUUUAAUGCUCUGCCAGAUAACUUAUCAAACUCCAUUGUUAUUUUCUUUGAUAUCAAAAAGGAUUACUCCAUAUGUCCAUUCCUAUUAUAACGGUCAUUUCGUUUAUCUGUAUUGACAUAUCCAUGAUUACAGUUGAUGGCGGUUGGGGUGCCUGGGGAGAGUGGUCCGCCUGUAGCAAGACAUGUGGAGGUGCCACAGUAACACGAGUAAGAAAAUGUGAUAACCCUGCCCCUUCGAAUGGCGGGAAGCCCUGUGAAGCAAAAGACGCUCAAGAAACCAAGACAGAUUGUAACCAACCUUGUGAAGGUAACAGGAAACUUCAGGCUCACAAAAAGCUAUCAUUGAUAUUUUGGCUUCAGAAGUUUUUUUUUUCGACGCUGCUGUUUGCGAGAGUGUUAGGUUUGCAGACCAAAAAAGAAAAUCACAAAAACAAAAGGACUAUCUUGAAUAACAAUGAUUUCAAUCCUUCUUUAGUUGGCCCUUUGGAUGGUCAUUGGUCAGACUGGUCAGAGUGGAGUCCCUGUGCAAAAUCAUGUGGUGGAAGCCGAGUAACACGAAAAAGAAGCUGUAACAAUCCUUCCCCUCAGAGGGGUGGGGAAGAAUGUCCUGGGGAACCAACUGAGACUGCCUUUGAUUGCGAGACCCCUUGUCCAGGUACAUAUGUGAAGUACAUCAUGGGCAAAUGUCAUGUAACUCAUUUACAACUUUUUUUCAGGUUUAAGUGAUAGUUUCAUAAGGCUGCUACAAGUCCUUGUGCAGUUAGCGGAAAUGAGAUUUUAAAAUUGCGUCGUUUUCUUCGUCAAAAGGCAGUUACCAAGCCCUUGAAACGUUUCGCCAAAGCAUCCCGUCUCGGAUCAUACUGGUUCUCUUUCCCGCCUCCGUCGUGGUUUACUGGGUGUACCUUCUUUGCGCACCAAGUGUCAGGAAACCUCAUUUUUUUAGCAUGAAGAUGUGUCAUAUGCGCCUCUUUUUUUUCUGAUUAUAGCUUGUGUACAAGCGUUAAUUAUCAUAAUCAUUUUCACGACAUUGCAUUAAAUCUUAUCCAAUCCGAUAAUCAUUGUAAUUUUUUUAAAGUUCCUGGUAAGUGGGGAGACUGGGAAGAGUGGUCCGUAUGUAGUGCAACUUGUGGAACUGGAAAUAAAGUUAGGACAAGAGAAUGCAACAACCCCGCCCCACAGUAUGGAGGAGAGUGUCCUGGGAACGGCCAGGAAACGGAAGCAUGCGAGAUAAGGAAGUGUCCAACCAGUAAGUUUACGACUUUUAUUUUGAUCAUAAUAUUAGAAAUGUUCCAGUCGUCAAGCCGAGUAAACAUCCAGUUGAGCAAUAAAGCAGGUUUUCUACGAACAGAAAUUAUACCUUUAGCGAGGGAAAUUAUAAUACACACGAAACACAAUAGAACUUACCGACUGCUUCAAGUUUAGAAUGACCAUAACUCAACAAUUUUGGUUAGCAAAAUAUGCCAGUACAAAUAUGGAGACUAGUUCCUUUCCACAAAGCAUGUGGUCGAUGUCCCGGAUGUUGACGUCAAAAUGCAGGCACGCGAUGGGAGCUACACAUAACGACAAUAAUAAACGGGAAAAAAAAAGGUUUUUUUUCAUUUGUUGCAAUAAAAUCAGAACCAGAUUAACUACAGCAGCCUAUCGGAAUUUGGAUAAAUAUCACAAAGAAACAAUGAUAUACCAAAGCAAACAUAAGCAAACUUUCUAACGCACAGUAAAACAAGGAUACAUGGGUGGGAUGUGGAAUUUAUUUCAUGUAUAAUUGUUUGACAGGGUGCUAGGAAUUUUCUAGAGCAGUCAUGUGACGAAGAAAUCCCACGCUGCUUUCGCCACUCUUAUGUAAAUUAUUCAUGAGGCCUUAAAUUAUUGUAAUGGAUGGGGCCUCCUUUCGUAAACUUCGGCUGAUAGAUAAAUUCUUUCUAAAGAUUCUUCGUGCUCUUUUGACUUUUAUUUUACUCUGUUAUCAUGGUUCUUCGCAAUUUAUUUCACAACUAAAGCAAGGAAUAUACUCUUCAUAUGCAAUGUUGUGUUAAUGCUAGUGUGUUGCCUUGGAGAACAAAAUUCUUCCCUCAAGGUAAAUUUGGGUUAAUAAUUUUUCCUCAACAGAUGUAGUAAACGGAGCAUGGGGUCCCUGGGGUCCCUGGGGUGAAUGCUCUGAGAAAGAGGUCUGCAACAAGGGAGUACAGCUACGCACUCGCCAGUGUAACAACCCUGCACCACAGAAUGGCGGUGAUGUAUGUCCGGGAACUGGUUCCGAAAGCCAAGAAUGUCCAAAAACGAACUGCAAAGGUGCGCUCAUUUUUGCCUUUAAACAGAAGAACUUUGUGUCUUGAUGCAUUUUAGGUAACCCUAAGACGUAGAUGGCUUUGUUCAGUCCUAUUUUUCUCAGCAGAUUUUGUUCAAAAACUACGAACAAAUAAAACCUCUGCACUCGGAAAACGAUCAACCGCCUAAUUCUGCUUGUUCAAAUUGAUUCAAUAGUUAAGUUAACUUCCCCACAAGCAUCUCAUCUUAACAUAAACGUAAGCUUACAGCAAUAUGUGUAUUCUCCAUACUGCUCUCUAUACAUUUGCUAAUUCACAAGACUUUUUUUAGUUGGCAAUCAUUUCCUUUUACCCUCUGACCUGAACGUUAGACUCAGGAGUGGUGCUCUUGGGAGAAACUAGAUGGGACACAGUAUUUGUGCUUUAGGGAUCGAUAAUUGAUUAUUCAUUGCCUCGGAGGAUUUUGGCCUCUUUAAUAUUCUUAUGAGCCUUCCAUUGACAAUCAAUUUUCCAUGUUCCCCUUUCUACUCUGCUAGCGAAGACCGAUUCCCCCCCUGAUCCCACUACAAACCAUGUGUGAGAUCCACCAAAAGUCUUUCGAGCCCCCCCAACCCCUCCCCCCUGAGGCAGUUGGAGGAUUUUGGUCUCUUUAAUUUUCCAAUGACCCCCCCCCAAAUACUCCCCAAUGAAAAUCGAUUUUCCAUGGUCACCCUUUCUACUCUGCUAGCGAAGACUGAUUCCCCCCAGAUCCCAUUACAGGCCAUGUGUGUUAUUCACCCAAAAUCUUUCGAGCCCCCCCCCCCCCCCUCUAGGUGAAAAAUACUAGUAUCUAGCAUCUGUGAUACCUCACCUAUGUAAUUUGUUUGUUGUAAUUCAUGUCUCGAUUGUAUUUUCAGAAACUCCUCAAAACACCGACGCUACAAAACCUGUUGAACCAAACUCAUUCAUAGCAUUAGUGUGCAACUCUCAAAACGCCGAACUUCUCAGCGACUCAGCAAAAAACCCUUUAGUAGCAGCUGCAUUUUCAAAUCUCCCCAAGCUUGUUCCAUUUCUGAAGGGCGGUUACUUUGCAGUUAAGCAAAAUACAAAGGAAUUAAAUGAAACUUGUUUCGAGCCUAUGAAACUGCUGACCAUAGCAGAGCUGGCUAAACUCUAUCCCGGUUUCCGCUCGGCCAAGCCAAUACCAUUUUUCACCAUGCCUGCGGACACUGAACACGUGACAGGAAUAAAGGUCAAUUUGAGAGCAGAUAAAGCCUUAUAUGGAGGUAAUGUUGCUAAUUUUCUGACCUUUUAAAGUUCAUAUCUCUUCUAGCAUCAAGCGUGAUCGCAGCAUCCCACGCAAUGAUCGUACCGGAGUUGGGAGAGUUUCUCGAAAGUCCCAAUAACUUAAAGGCUUGGAGCCACAUUUUAAGAUCAAGUUUUAAAGAAGAGAGAAGCACGUUCUUGCGCCCUAAACAGACCAUUUAGCUCCUUUAACUGAUAGUUUUAUUAUAUAAUUAUCACCAUGUUUUGAAAUCCCUAUCUUAGGUGAAAACAGAAAAGAUUUACGAGCCUGCUAAGUUACCUGGACCUUCAAAAACGCGCCCCAGGCCACUAGCGUUCAGUUUCGUCGCUAUUUAGGCAGUUCACUCGUGAUCUGCGUACUUAUUCGCGUCUUUUUGAUAUAUGUUCUCUUCUUCUGGUAACACUUGGCAGUUGCGGACAUUAUUGUUUUGGCCUUACAACAAUUAAUAGAGAAGCACCCUUAUCAUAGCUGUAUUUUCUUUUUUAUCUUUGCAGUUGAAUUUCUGUUGGAUUCUUCGUCAGUUUAUGCUCCAACUGAUACAGUUUCUCUUGAAAACGUAAUGUUUCUUUUCCGAGUGUCUCCCGGAAAAGAAGAAAUUGUGGCCCAUGGUUUUGAUGACAUUGGGAAAGCUAAAUUUGCUGUUUAUGCCAGCUUAGUGGGUGAAAAUGAAGUCACUAUUGAAGGAACCAGCGGGCAAACUGCUACGUCGGGUAAAACAUGAUUUCAAAUUUGCAAAACUGUAACUCAACAAAAUGAUCUCUAGUAUGACUUAAUCACAACGUAAUUGAAUUGAGUGGAGUGCAAUUUGGGCUGAAAUCAUAUGCAUGAUUUGAAAUCACAAGUAUGAUUUCAGACCAAAAUUGCACGCCACGAGGUUCCAUUACCACCUUAUUGCAUCCAUUUUGAAGUCGCCCAAAUAUAGGACUUAGUCAGUUCAUCUGCAUGGUAUCAUUGCCAGAGGACGUAUCUGAGUUAUUUAUUGACUGAAAAACUCUACAAUUGAAAACGCUUCUGUAAUUUAUUUUUGCCACCACGCAAUUUUCGCAAAACUCGAUCUGCUUUGAAAGUGGAAAUAGAAGACAUUGUCUCCCGCCAAAAUAACACAGGUUCGCGCCUGGCCAUUAACACACUGAACUGGAAAAUCUCAAAUUUGGUAGUCAUAUUCGUCUUCCCAGAAUUUCGUUUGCCAGUUUUCUCCAUCUCGUUUUGUAAACAAACGGAAGCGAAAUCUUCUUCAUCUCAUAAAUGCAGCUUUCGGCUUUCAACGUAGGCUCGUAGGUUCGUUUUCAGCAGAGCUCAGUAAGGCAUUGAUUAUCUUCUAUAUUUACAUUAUAGAGGAAAUUCAAGCUGCGUUGUCACCAAACACACCUGUAGCAAAUGAUUUCUCCUUUACACAAGUUUUGAGACGCGGAGUAAGGAACCUCGACUCAAAGUCUCCUACCGAUCAACUUGCACCGUUAGAAAACGUCUCCAAAGAUGGAAAAUACGCAGAGAAAGCUGCGAAGAUGAGUAACGGUCCUCAAAAACCCGACAGAAACAACAUUCAACGAAGAAGGACAUUUUCGAAAAGAAAAAGGCAAGAAUUGGAGAAAAACAGACGCGCCAUAAUAAAUUUACACAUCGAAGUGCGGUGCCAUCAUUUUCUUAUGAGCCAAUAAAUGAACUAAGAGAGGAAAUGCCAAUUACUUAUCCAAACGCAAUGACUGUUAACCCGUUAUAUGCCAUUUCUCCUCCGCUGAACAUGGGGGCAACCCCCAACUUGAAAGGCUUGCAAGACACACCUAAAAGGUCCUUGAACUUGAACAUUGACCAGAAAAUACUUGAAAUAUUGAAACGCGUAAAUUUAGGCCUAGUGACAAUAUCUGACUUGUCUUUACAAAUCAGCGCGAGCAUGAAAGAGGUUAUUGUGCGAGUCAGUGGUAAGGUGGCCCCCAAUGGGAUCGGUGGAUGGUUCAAUUUUGAGAUCAUACGCAAGGAUAUUUUCGCUGUGGCUUUCACGACGGAGCAGGCUGCAAUUGAAGAUUUUGUGCAGAAGAUGUUUAACACCAAGCUUGGCGUAUUUGAGAAGUUAGAGAAAACAUCAGUGAGUACAUAUUCCAUUAUUGAAUUAAUUUCGAGAUCAUUAACGAACUAUGUAAUCUGAUUGGCUCGCAGCAGUGCGAUAUAUCACGAUUCACAUUCACUUUUUCCUAGCUGGCGAGAAUCAGGCGAACGAUUUCCGUCCAAAUUGACCUUCUUUGGUUUAAUCCUUAAAUCAAAGGAGAUUCUUAAAAGCGUCGUCAAAGAAAAAGUCUUGUUAGGUUGAAACCAAAAUUAUUUAGUGACCAAUCAGAACAGGACUGAAUCACAAAAAGUGUGAAAAAGAAAGAAGAAAAUUUAAAGCGGUAAAGCGCAAGUGUCUAAGUUAUGAGUGGUUUUAGUUUCGCUUUUACCUGGUUGAGAAGUAAUGUGACAUUCGUCAGCCAAUCUGUGUAUCAAAACCAAGACAUUCCCAUCUGAUUGGCUCAUUUCAAAAUUUUAAUAAACUGAACUGGCCUCUGAUUGGCUCCUGACAAGUUACAGUAGAAUUCAUAUGAGAACCAGGUCUGUUUUCCAAAACUAAUCGUUGGCGGUUUCUUUUCAACAGUUCGGUAUUUCCUUCGCGCAGAAAGGUUAUAAAGUGACACCAGAGACAAAAUUUCAAAAAGAGCCUUUAAAAUCUUUGAUGAAAAAGGAAGUCCCGGAUGGACUGUUUUUCGCUGCAGUCACAAAGUUUGCAGCGAAUUGUGGGGAUAACUCGCAUUGCAAGUUUGGAAAGAUACUGAUGGGCAAAGAUUCCUGGUUAAAAUUUCAUGGUGGCGUAAGCAAAGCAGGUGUCAAAGUCAACGCAGGAGUUUAUGGUAUACCCAUAAAGGGGGAUCUGAAGUUUAACAAAGUUGAACUGUUUAUAGAGGUGAGACGAUGUCAGAUUAACAAGAACUUUUAUUUUCGGGGACAGAAAAAGGUAAACAAGGUGAAUCCCUAUGGGUCGGUUAUUUAAACAGAGCUCAGUCGUUGUUUAACAAUUAAAUCUGCGUUCUAAACCACCAUCUUUAAUUAAGCCGAACCUUUCAGCAUUUAUUUUUGUUAUCAGUGUCACGAGGGCGGAAAAAUAAAAGAGUAAGGACAUUUAUUGAAUUAAAUUAACCCUUUUCAUUAAAAAUCCCCGAAGCCUACUGUUUGCGUGAAGCCGCAGUGUGGAUUAAACGACAUGUAAAUAACUGGCCCAUCUUAUUCUCAUUUUCUGAUAUUACAGGGGGAGGGGGGAGAUUUUUAAGUCGGGCCUUGAGAGUAAAGCUCACCUAGGCGCACUAGCUUAAAGUUACGUACUUACCUUAAGUUUGUUGUCCAAUAGGAAGGAUACUUUAAUUGCUUGAAGUGAGCGUUCUUUCGAAGAUAGGUGCCUUGGCCGUAAUAAAGAUCUUCCGUUUCUUUUAAUUUAUUCUUAGGUUAAAUUUGGUACUGCACCUGUAGCCCCUAAAGUGGGCUUCGCUGUCGAAUUAGACGUACCUGUGGAAGGCGAAGUGAGCGAUAAAGAAGAAGAAAUGCCGAGCACAUCUCUUCAACUUGGAGGGAAGCUUUUCGUCACCGGGGCAGCUGAGAUAGGAACAACUCUGUAUAUGAACGGAAUGUGGAAAAAAGCAUUUGGUUUAAGUUUCCUUAGCAUUGGAAACAUACAGAUUGGGUGAGAAAUCUUGUCCUAACAUUUUUACUUUUCUCGCGACAUGAAGGAGAAAAGCCGUCAGCCAUUUCAUUAUCGAACCUACAAUUCACCAUCUUUCUCAUUGUAUCAACCGACCCCAGGCUCUCGACAUUGGGAUCCCAGCUAUGUGCAGGACACUUAUCACAUAUGAAAUUAUUUAAGGCGUAGUUGAGUCACUGUGGCUCAGUGGUAAUUGGCCUGCUCCAGAUGUUCAUUUAAUAAAACGAGGCUCAAUAAUAAACGGCGCUUUAUGAGAAAAGGAGUGAAAAAAGCAGGAAAGUUUUGGGUCGAAUCGUGUAGGCAACCAGACCCAAGCCUCUCUUGUUCUCGCUCUUCCGCAACUACUACGCCGUUAACUUUUUAGCUCCGUUUUACCUGAACAUUUAGCUCUACAGUGGUAGACUUGGGAAACACAGGGUCUGAUAAUUUUUUCGUUUUAACUUUUUUCUUUUUCUGACUUUGUUUUUUUUAUGUUUUAAUUUUGUUUAUGACCUUUAAAAGAUUAAUAAAAGGUGCUAUUAGAGAAUCUAACUCAUUUAACACCAAACGCUAUCCCCUUUUUGUUUUUAAGCAUCAGUUAAUUAACAGCGUUCCUCAUUUAUUUUCUUUAGCCUAACAAUUUCACUUGCCACCGGAAUUCCGACUGAAUUUACCUUCAACGGCCGCCUAGAGAUUGGGCACGACUGCCAAGGGAAGGACGAUUUCAAAGUUGAUGGUCCUUGUUUCUCCGGGGAGGCCCUAGUAGGAAUAAGCGCAAACCCUGCUGGCCAGUAUAUAUACGGAGAAUUAUCUCCUGUUACUAUCGGGAAAAUAUUAAGAAUGCUAGGAUCUAAACUGCAGCUACCUCCACCUGUUUUGGAGAGCGGUUUUCCUAAAGGUUUAAUAGUAAGUAUGAAAUUACAACUAAAAGGAAAUGAAUAGAUGGAAAUAAGAGAGAUGGUAAGUUUUGAGCUCGGUAAAGAAAUAAAGAAAGAUGUUUCUUCGUCUUGUCGAGAGCGUGGGACAAAGAAAAAUUCCUGAGUCCCCAUGAGAAAUCGAACCUCCUGUUUGUCCCACGCUCAUGAAAAGACGAAAAAACAUAUUUCUUUAAAAUGAAAUGUAUAAAACCUCACGAAUCAGAAUUAUCUUUUUACAACGUGCAUCAGUAUAUGUGUUCUCUAUACUGUUCGCUAUACGUUACCUGAGGUGCUGACAAGGAGAGUUUUUUUAACAAUCAAGAGUUUCUUUUGUUGAUGAUCAUUUCCUUUAUUCUCAUGAACUUAAAGUUUGAUUUAGGGGUGAUAAUAUAUGAAGAAAUUAGACGCUGGUUACAAAUCAUAUUUAAGUGAGAUAUCCACAACGAAUCCUCACCUUUACGUCUAACCCUGAAAAUGAUUAGACCAAACUGCCGAGUAACUUUUGUCUGUUUUGUAUUGGCUGGUUUUCCCAUUUUAUUUUAUACUUGUUUAUUUAUGUGUUGCACGUAUCUAUGUUUGUUCGCCUGUUUUACCUAAUUUUCGUUUGAUAUUUUCAAUUUAUGAUAUUUCCCCGAUUUAUGCUGCGGAACCGUUUAUGAUUCCUGAAAAUAACAAACUUUAAGCAAAUUGUUUUUAGCUUUGACGUAAAACCAAUGGAUCUCGCGUGUUUAAAACAUCUUUUAUACGUUUAUCUGUAAGAUUUCUGCAGCAUGGAAAGAUCAGAAAGUUCCCUACGCUGGAGCAACAAAAGAGAUAAAGAAAGGUGUUUUCAUCAAAGGCACCAUCAAUAUUUUGGGAUUCGCGCCUUCUGUCGAAAUAUUACUCAGUAACGAGGUAACUUACAUUUAAUGAAGGAUAAUGAAACUCAUCUCUAGUAAUAGUCUCCUUCGCAGUUGUUUUUUGGUCUCUUAAUGUGCACUCUUUUCCCAACCAACGCGGUGGGGAAAGAGAGCACGUCAGUUGCGUGGCGAGACCAAACAACGGUUGCGAAGGAGACUACUCCAAUAAUGAAAGUGUGAAGGAAAGCAAAGUUUACAUGCACAAGUAGAUUGCAAUCCUUAGGCUUCUAGAAAGGAUCAUUACCCAAUUUCUCUUCACGAUUUCAAUACCUUACCCACCCAACAGGUAAUAAGAGUCAACAGCCCUAUCAGUUAGGAGUUGUUACACUGAUAUAACAUCACAGGCUGCACAGUAUUUUAGACGGAAGCAACACUCAGGGGCCUAAAAUGAUGAAGGAGAUCAUGCUUCCUUUGCUGUAACAUCUGCCAAUUGUUAGACAUUCGAUUCAUCUCGGAUAAGAAAAAUAAAUCUAAGACCCCGUCUCCUGCAUCUUCUCUGUGCUUGUUGGUAAGGGAUAUUAAAGUACCCACACACUUUUCGCAAAAAGUAGGGAUCAUAGCUCUCGGCGUUGUGGUCUAGCAUUCUUAUUGUCUAUAAAGGUCGUUAGAUUUAAAGUUUAACUUAACCAGACUGUCUAAUAUCACAAACAAAUAUCGAAUAGAUGAAUGUAAGAAGCAAAAAGGGGGAAUGGAUAAUCAGGUCACAUUGAUGUCCCAUCUCUUGUCUUCUUGCAGCAAAUCAAGUUUGACCUGGAGUUAGACCCUGUUAAGUUACUGGGUAACGUGCAACUAGUGCGCUCCAUAGCAGAGAAAAAAAAAGGACCAAAGUUUUAUGUUCACGCUAAGCGGAAGCCACUUCAAGCUGAGGUGAGAUUUCAACUCUCACAGAGCAGUUUUCAACAGCCAAUUAGAACAUAAUUAGCUCUCACAAGAAGCCGAUGGGAACCCAAACAAACAAACGACCCUAACUGGCGGGAAGAAAAGACGAUCAACCUGCAAAUGGACUUCGUUUUGCUUCUAAACAGCCGAGAAAGGUUUUUUGCUAAACAUUAAAGAAAAGUGGAGAAAAACCAUUAUACUUUCAAAUUGCCAUCGACACUCAGUUGAAUGUCACUCUUUGUACAGGAUAUAAUGUUGGAAUAGCAAACUUUAAAGAUAAUAAGUUACAUGAAAACAUUUGUAGGUUCGCACUGUGUGCAUUUAUGCUGAUGCUGCGUAACUGUUAUUUAUUGAGUAAAUUUAGAGUUAACAUCUGAGUUGAAAACGUAAAUCGGCCUCAGUUAUUAACACUAAAAAAGCUGUUAUACUCUCUUGCCGACGCAGCACCACAGUUUCUUUAGAAACGUACACCCUUUAUUCAUUUGUCUCUUAAUGAACUGUUUAAAUCUAUUUAAAUCUUAUAUAUUUCUACUGUCCCAAUGCCUCCUUGGCAUUUGAUCUUAACGAUCUGUUUGACAAGCGCUACCCACUAAAUACAGUUACUUUCCAACAGAUUUACAUUCAAGGAGCCGUGGUUAUCUUUGGGAACGAAUUAGAGAUUAUGUUCAAAUUCACAACGGAACGCAUUGAGUCAGAAGUGGCUGUAAGCCUGUUUAACGUGUUCAAGGCGAGAGUAGCUAUCGCGGCAGGCUACGGAAACCCGUUUGCUAAUACCGGUUUUACCGCCAAGUUUACCAUAGAAACCGGUUUUGACCAGCUUUCGAAAAAGACUUCUGAGAUUUUGGUAGCUGCUCUGCAGGCGGCAAGAAAAGCUUUGGAAAAAGCUCAAGUGACAGUGAAAGAAGCCAAACUUGCCUGCGAGAGAAAAGCAGGUAGUUUCUGCAACAUCUGUGAAAAACUGGCAUGCGAUGAAAUUACCGAGGAAUGCAAGCACGCUAUGGACAAGUUUAAGCACUAUGUGGGUGAAAAAAUAGACAAGUUUGGUAAGGAAUUUAUCCGAUCAAUUUCAAAAUUUACUUCCUCUUGGCCUUAAUUACACUGGCCUGUUCCAGGAAUUCAGUUAGUAAAAUCGAGGGAAGUAAUAAACGGCGCGAUAGUGAAGGCAGGGCAAAAAAAAAAAUAAACAAACAAAAACAAAAAAAACAAAAACAAAAAGACGCAUGACGCAACCCGGCCCAGGCCUCCUUUGUGUUGUCCUUCUUCCGAUACUUUCGCACCUUUCACUACCGCGCUUCGUUUUACUUUCUAAAGGCCUGGAAUUGAGCUGGCUAUACCUAUACUGCCCUGAUGGCUACAGUCCAUACAUAAAGCGUCACACAUAUUUAUCAUAACUGCCCAGUGGGAAGGAAAAUAUUUGAGUUAAGGAAAUAUAAAUACACCCAAUGUCUCGAGUGAAAGAAAAUGUCCUUAUUAACGUUUAUAAAAUCAACAUCGUUGACGUUAUCGUCAUAAUUAUUAUGACAUUCGACUACCGUCUGAAUCAAUCAUCUUUCAGGUCGAAAAAUCAAAAGCAUUGGGGAGAAAUUCGAAUCUACUUUCAAAAAAGAGAAAACAAAACGCUACAUGGAUCUACUGACAGAUGGAAUGAACUGCGCAGCUAAGUUGAAACAGAGUAGUGACCACACAGUCGAGUAUUCAAACCACGCCCAUUCAGAGACGCGUUGCCAUGCCAGUCGCUAUGGGAACUCCACUCAUUAUCGGUCAACUAGGCGCAAGAGGUUUGUGGGUAAAAUGAUGUGCGAGAAGCUAGCUAAGAAGGCUUGUACGAUGGCAAAAGAUUUGUGUAAAGGUAAGAAGGAGAUAAUCUUCAGUGUCAGCUAAUGAUACGAGAAACAUCAAAAUUUGAAAAACAGAUCUAUAAUCAAUGUCAAGCCAUUUAGAUAAGUUUUGAAGAUUAGUGGUGAAGCUUCGCUUAAAAUCGUUGGUGAGGCUGCUUUGCCCAAACGUCGAAGGUAAUAUUGAGCCCCAAAGGAAACCAUACAUCUUUGUACCUUGUAAAUAAAUAUCCUUGUUAUGUCUUUCAGUUAGCAAGUGCACGUUGAUUGGUCAAUUUAGCCGGCUGUAUUUCACCGUACGGCCCCGGCUAAAUUAAAAAAAUUUCUUUAAAUUGAAAUCUUCUCUCCCCAUUUGAACCCGAAAAUAUAAUAAAUAUCUUAAAGUUACGGAACCUGAAAUUUCUGCGCGGAUUUAUGGUCAACGCGCUUCCGCUGGCGCAUGGGCCAUAAAUCUGAACGGAUAAAGCUCAGUCUCGGAGGUUGCUGAGAGGUAUAUCAGUCUUUGACAAAACUUCAAUAUUUAAACUAACUGCAGACUAUAGUUUUAAUUCUUUGAACCGUUGCUUGCUCACCUCUCUGAGAGCCAUAAAGUCUAGCAGACUAUUUAAUGACAUAACUACAUACAAUUUUUUUCCAGGCUCCUGUAAUGUUGUCGGCCACAUUACCAAAGGAAUGUGCCAGGCGCUCGACCUUGCCGUUUACGGUCUUCACGUGCUGGAACAAAAAGCGUACUGGGCCGAGCAAGCUGUCGUAAAAGCGGCUAAGAAUAUGCUUGUUGUUCACUCGUUAUCAUUCGAGACUCACCUAACAUCCUCUCCUCUUGAUUCUACCGUGUCUCUUGGGGCUGAUGUUAGCAUUUUCGGCUCUAGAGGGCAGUUUAAACUAGAAUUUAAUCUGGCUGAUCCCCUAAAGAAUGUUCAUAAACUGGCAGACACAGCUCUGGAGUUCUUUAAGAAGCUGUUUAGUCCUCGACCUUCCAAGGAUGUUUAUGAUAAGCCAGCAGAAGAAUCUGAUUUCGAAUUUUCAGGUGUGUGUGCAAGAAAAAUACAUCCGUAGAAAUUUCAAAAACGAAGGAUCUAUUGCUGGCUAAUAGAAAGACAGACAAGGAGACCGGCUGAUUUAAUGGCCGACUGAUAGACUGACUGACUGACUGACUGACUGAAUCACUACAUGACUUACGGACUGACGGACUGACUGAUUUCUUGACUGACAGACUUACUGACUGAUUUCCUGACUGACCGACUACCUGACAGACGUUUUAUUAGAUAUUUAACUGAUAGACGCUUAACUGGCCGUCCGAAUGAUUGAAAUAAGUUCGAUGGUUGAGAAAUUCUGGUCUGUGGUUCUGAUUGACAGAGAGAUAAUUAAGUUGUUCUGGCCUCUUCUUAAAAACACUUAAAACUUAUCCAAUGUAGGUGAAUUCCGAAUCCAGAUGAAUGGCACGAAGGAUUGCUUGUCUACUCCUGCUAGCGCAAAAGUUGGUUCUCCUGUGACUUUGGGCUCCUGUGAUGGGGAUGUGUCCCAGUGGGUAUUUACACUCACAGGAGGAUUGAUGGUAGGUCUUGCUACAAAGUAACCAAUGGAAGGUCUGCAAAUGGGAUACGAACUAAGAGUGGUUUAAUUUUUUCUUCUAACUGAUCUUAAGCUAUGCCGAAGUUUGGGAGAGGGUUGCUCUGCAUCUAUGGGUCACUUCCUUUUUUUUCUUUUUGACUGAGGAAAAAAAACGCCAAAAACUUAACCUUAAGUGAGAUUUCAACGUGAAAUGUUUUAAAGUUCUUUCCUGACACUGCUUUCAUCUCGCUGAUUUCACUUUUGCAUUCAUCAGAAUGUCAAGUCUGGUCUGUGUGCAGCUAUGGGUUCAGAUCAAGGUCAAGCUCUUGUGUUACAGCAAGCUUGUGACGUCACCUCUGAGGAGCAGAAGUUCACUUGUAACGGCACUAAGAUUACACCUGUGAAGGAUUCUGGAUUGUGCGUGACGGGAUCUGGUAAUAACUCAUUCAGUUAUGUAAAAUAAUCGAUAUACUGGGAGCACGCUAAAACUUCACUAACUCUAUGGUCUAGUAAAAGCAAGAUAUCGCUCCUUCAAUCGAGAAAAAUACAAGAGAGAGUUUGCACUGCACGAACCAAACGCUUUUGGUCUAUUGCCUGUGGUAGGAAGCUUACGCGUGACUGAGCUCCUUAUUAGACUUCUUGGAAAUAGCAUAACAAAACAAUCUAAUUCGUAUUUAUGUUCCAAUUAUUUUUUACCAUUUCUUAGCGGGAAAAACAGGAUCAGGUGUAGUAGAAGCCAAGUUGCUCAAGUGUGACGACAAAACCGUGAAGGAUGAGCAGGCCUGGAUGAUAUAUGAUGAUCCUAGGGCCCUUUCGGUUUGCGACAAACAUGUUCCUGGUGAGUUGUUUUACUAUCAUGGCUUAAGAACUAAUGUUAAAGAAACAGGAAAAAGAAAGGGAAGUGGGAAAAUGAUUGAAAAAUUAUAUUCAUUGCCAUUAAAUUUGACGCCGAUGAAUGUUUACCAAUUUAGACAUUGCUCUUGGAAAGCCCGCCCUGCAAUCCAGUUUGAUGUCCGUUGAUGAGUUACAAAGUGAGUCCAAAGGCAAGAAAGUAAACAUUCCUGGGGUGGGCCCAGAACUGGCUGUGGAUGGUAACAUGGCUACAGAACCUUCUGCGGGCUCCUGCUCGAUUACGGCCAUUGAAGUUGACCCAUGGUGGAAAGUGGAUCUGCAGAGCGAGCACAUUGUUACAGAUGUGAAUGUAGUCAGCUCAUCUGGUAGGCGUUAUUAGAUCGAGAUUUAAACAUCUUGCUAAAUGAAGCUUUGAUGUGCGUUUAAGGGUUUGUUGGUUAUCACCUUGCUCUGUCUUCAGGCGAAGUAGCAAGCUCACUUUUGAACCUUCUCAGUCGCUUGUAAAUCAAUGUCUAAUGAAAAACUUGCGCUGUAACAGCCUUGACCAACACAUUCUCUAUGAUUUGCCAUGAGAACGAAACCAGCAAAAAAGUCCAAGAAAGCCUUUCAACCCGGAGCUACCCGAAAAUCUUUAGUGACAAAAUGCGACCAUAUGCUACAUACCAGAGCGCAAAUUGCGACAUGCUGCUUGCAAUCUCCUGUUCUUGAAGACUUCCACCUUAAGAUCUCAAUAUCAAAUAUGUCUUCCUGUGCUUGUUGGACAGCCAAUACCUCUCUCCGUUCAUAAAUUACCUUUUUUCAGGCAAUUUCUCGAGUCCAUUGUCAAAUUUUGAAGUUCGCGUCGGAAUCCUAAAAGAUCACAAACAGAAUCCAAUGUGCGGGGACCAAGUCCGACAGCUGGCGGAGGGGGAGGUCUGGACAGCAGAGUGCAAGGUGCCGAUCCCAGGUCAAUACGUCUCUGUCAGUAUGGUAGGCAAAGGAUACUUGGCGAUAUGUGAAGUGGCAGUUUUCGCGAGAUUAGGUGAGCAUACAAAAAUUGUACCUAUUAGUCUGAUGGCAAUUCUCAAUUGACUGACGAAAGUAAUCCGCGAUUUUUUUUUUUUUUUGCUUUACUUUGCACUCUAAUUGGUAAAGAGACUCUUGUUACCACUUAAACCAAUCAAAUGGGGAAACUUCACCAAUCGUGCCUGGCCUCACUUGUUUUCCUGCACUUCAAUCAGUUUGCUUUGCUUUAAUUGGAAGUCUCAUUGGCUUGUGAUAUUUUCCUUUUUUCUGGAUUGGCCGUUGUGAUAGUAACAGUUCUGGUUUUACGUCACACAUUACGUAACCCGCGUGUUUUUCUUAAUCUUCCAUUCCUAGAUGAUAAGGGAAAGUGCAGCUCAGAACUAAGCCGAAAGAGAGAUGAAAUAACUUACUUUUCUCCUGAGGAUAUGAUCACAAACUGGAACAGAUUCUAAGGAAUAACAACCAAACCAUCUCAAGAACUUGUGCAAUGUUCUCCAGUUUUCUUCAUCUUCCAUUAAAUAUGGCAUUUACCUUAAUCUGUUUAAAUUUUGUUUUUAUCUGCCUUGCAAAGACACAGACGACGGUUUGGUACCUUGCUCAUCACAAAACAAACUACAAAACGCAAAUUGCAUCUUGCCAC